GAGUUUUCCAACUCUAUUCGGCGCGUCACAAACAUCCAAAAUGUCUGCGCUUAAGAGAAAACGUGGAGGAAAGGGUCCAGGUAGAAACACGAAAAAGGUUAAAUUGUUGGAGAAUGGAACUAAACCUGAAACUACGGAGAUGGGGCAGAACAAGGAAAUUACCGUCCCAGCACCUGUGUCAAUGGGCAAGUGGAAAAACAAAGAACGAGUUCUUGUGUUCUCUUCGAGAGGCAUUAACUUCAGAACACGACACUUAAUGCAGGACCUGAGGACAAUGAUGCCACACACAAAAGCAGACACAAAAAUGGACAGGAAGGACAAGCUGUUUGUUAUAAACGAGGUGUGUGAAAUCAAGAACUGCAACAAAUGCAUAUUCUUUGAAGCAAAGAAGAAGCAAGACCUCUACAUGUGGGUUGCCAAUGUCCCCCAUGGACCCUCAGCAAAGUUCUUGGUUCAAAAUAUCCACACACUGGCCGAACUGAAAAUGACUGGGAACUGCCUAAAAGGAUCUAGACCUCUGCUGUCGUUUGAUCCUCAAUUUGAUAAGGAACCACAUUAUGCGCUGCUGAAAGAGCUCUUUAUACAGAUAUUUUCGACUCCCCAGUACCACCCCAGAAGCCAACCCUUUGUUGACCAUGUCUUCACAUUUACCAUCACAGACAACAGGAUAUGGUUUAGAAACUAUCAGAUAAUUGAGGAAGAUGCUUCGAUGGUUGAAAUUGGACCUCGCUUUGUCCUGAACCUCAUCAAAAUAUUCCAGGGGAGCUUUGGCGGCCCUACGCUCUAUGAGAAUCCAUUUUUCGAGUCUCCAAACAUGCACAGACGGCUGAUACGCAUGUCCACAGCGUCCAAGCUGAAAGAGAAACAGAUGAUCAAGGAUCUACAGAAGCUGAAGAAAACAGACAACAAGGAGGAGGUUAGCAGGGAUGUGACAGAUGACGUGUUUGUCACACCAGCCGACGACAAGCCAGUCCAUGUCGAACUUGAGGCUCCCACCGUCAAAGUAAUGAAGAAGAACAAACAUAAGGUGUUCAAGCGACAGAGGAAGCAGAAGCGCUAGUGGAAACGCAUCUGUUUGGUCUUCUGGAAAGAAGGCUUGUAUAAUGUGAUUUCAUUGGGUGUUUAAUAAUUAGUCUCAAUUCCUUGUGUCCUCCAUCUUCUCUGUGUGGCUUUGAAGAAAGACCUUUUGUAAAGAGCAAUAACUACUGGGUGGCUUACAGACUUGAGCCAAUCAUCCGUGCCGCCCCUUAACAACUCUCCUAAAAUGUCAAUGUUUCACUUUUUAUAGUUUUAGCUGCAAAAAACAGCUUUAUACAACCUAUAUUAUGUCUGCUCCUGUUUCUUUUCACUUGUUAAAUAAAAGAAACAUUGGUUUGCCUA